CUGUGAUCCAUUCAUUCCUCAUUCUGCGUUAGCGGCUGUGAGAUUUCAAAUGGGGAUGCGUUCUAUAUUGUAAUUUUUACGCUGAACAUUGUUCUUAUUUGUAUUUAUCAAUACAUCACCGCAGAUAUAAAUUAUAGUCUUGUUUAGUCUUCAAAGGAGUUUAAGAAGCCGAAGGCAGAUUUUUGUAGCUUUUUUCUUUUAAAUUAUUUUUAUUCUCGACUAUUUCGGGAGGAACCAAGAUCGUCAUUUCCACUGUCACUAGAAUCUACAUUACGUGUUGUGCUAUUUUAUUACUGUUUUUAAUUACUGGCUAAUUUGGAAUAAGGAAAAAAACCUUUUUUUUUUAACUCAAAAAUUAUUUUGCCUCCCCUCAAAAUCAGAUUUCCCCGUAGGAUGCGUAGUAAUUACAGAUUGCCGAGGAGAUCACUUUUUGCUUUGCUCUUUCUCUUCACUCUCUCCACCUCCGCGAUGUAUUUCAUCUACUCAGCUCCGGGAAUCGUGAAUGAAUAUCUCUUCAUGGUCCAGGCACGGGGAAUCAGGUUCCGGAAAAACAUGUGGUCAAUCGGUGCCCAGGUAUAUGAGCAAGUGGUGAGAGGAGCAUACACAAAUAUGAAUGGCACAGAUUAUCCAUUUGACUUUAACGUUAGCGAGCCUUUUGUCCAAUCCACAACAUAUCUACCUGAUGGAUUCACAUACUUGCCAAAUCAGACCUGUCCUGAGAGACUUCCUUCAAUGAAGGGCCAAGUGGAUGUGAACAUGAGUGAGAUCACAUUACAGGAGGUCCAGCAGUCUCUGUUGAUGAACUCGGAUAUAAUGGUGGGAGGACACUGGAAGCCUGUUGACUGUACACCUCGCUGGAAGGUGGCAAUCUUGGUGCCUUUUCGAAAUCGACAUGAGCACCUUCCCAUUUUGCUGAGACACCUGAUCCCAAUACUUCAGAGGCAACGCUUGCAUUUUGCCUUCUAUGUUAUAGAGCAGACUGGAUCGAAACCCUUUAACAGAGCAAUGCUGUUCAACGUGGGCUUUCUGGAGGCAAUGAAGGACUUGGAUUGGGACUGCAUGAUCUUCCAUGAUGUUGACCAUAUCCUGGAAAAUGACCGCAACUAUUAUGGCUGCAAGGACAUGCCUCGACACUUUGCAGUCAAGCUUGAUAAAUAUUCAUACCUGCUGCCAUACACAGAGUUCUUUGGUGGUGUCAGUGGCCUUACAGCGGAUCAGUUCCAGAAAAUCAAUGGCUUCCCUAAUGCAUUCUGGGGCUGGGGUGGAGAAGACGAUGAUCUCUGGAACAGAGUGCAGUAUGGUGGAUACACUGUGAGUCGACCAGAAGGUGACAUAGGAAAAUAUAAAUCCAUCCCUCAUCACCAUCGAGGUGAAGUACAAUUUCUUGGAAGGUACAAUCUCCUGCGGCAUUCCAAGGAGAGACAGAAUGUAGAUGGCCUCAACAACUUGAAGUACACACCCCAGGUGACGCGGAAAGCUCUGUACACCAAUAUCACGGUCAAUCUGGUGCCAGAUUUGGCUCCUGUCAGCGACUACUGAACUAGUCAUACUGUGACAACAAGGACGGAAGGAGAAAUGCCAUGGACCUAACCUAGUUUAUCACAUGCUGACGAGCACACCUAUGUUAAACAGCAUGCAUGCGCACGUGUAUAUACACAAUAAAUUUCAAUGCACACCUCACAUUUAAAAGCAGUAUUCACCAAACAGACAAGAGAGUGCGCACAAGCCAGCAGACGGCAGGCACUGUCCUUCUCUUUUUAUACUUCCUCACGUGGAGCUAUCAUUUCAAAUUAGACACAGGUACACAACACGCACACACCAGCAGAAUCAAAGUGUAGCUUUCUUUACACAGAAUUGUUUUUUCCAUGUUUACCAGCAGAAUCCAUAAUCUGCUGUCUCCACAAAGGGCAGCAUUUCUCUAAUCACACCAGCAGAUACACAAAGAGCAACAGUUUAAAUUGAACAUGCCCACCCUAGCCAAUCCUGAUAGGACCAUGACUUGAGAUCAGAUCAGACGAUCAUGCAUGAACCAGGGCGGCACCCUGAAAUAAAUCAGAAGUCCACAUUCUGUUCUUGUUUCACUGAGUAGCUGUCCCAAGCCUGACAUGCAUGCACACUCUUUUCUUAACUUGCUCAUCAGAAUACAAGAUGGGCUUUAGAACUGCCUCAAAGGCAAGAAGCAGCAUGUUUUGCAGAGAUACAUAUCAGCAGCCAUUGCAGUUGCAAACAUCAUCCUAAACUGCCAGCUUUUUGUUCAUUCCAUCGUUUUUGUGCAGCUGGGCCAAAUGUUGGCACAUUUUGAGUGUCCAGUCAUUUCCUGGCAACGGUGCAAACAUCAUUCAAAAGGAUGACUUUGAAGACCAUCUUCUUACUUUGGAUACCGUUACAGGAUAUUAAAGUCACACGUGGUCAGGAUCUGAAGUAUCGGCAGCAAUGCUAAAGACAUAAGAGCUCCUACUGUUUCAAUUUGGAGUUUGAACACGGAGCACAAGCACUGUUAAUGCUCUCCCUCUAAGAGCAGUAGCAUAUUGUGGAAACAAGCUAAAAUGUCUUAAAUCGAUCGCUAUCAAACACUUAAGCGAAUAAAGACAUUAACUAUCUCCUACCUCCCAAGGUCAAAGGGAGGGCCAGGAUUCCUUGCGGAACUUCCCUCUGAUUAUGUCUUUACUCUCCCUUUAAAAUCUUCUACUGAAAAAGCUGCUACGUGUUUCCUUGGGAAAUCGACAUACAAGUCUGAAAAUAUAUGGUGACCCCAGAAGUCAAUUCACCAUGUAUAGGUGUAUGAUGAUACCUUGGCAAGGCUUGCCAUUUUGUGAUUGCACAUCUUUUAAUGAGGACUUCAGCUUUAUUGUUUGCAAAGAUUUUGACAUUUUGGUGUGAGUGUGCAAAAUAUGGGGGGACGAGUAGCAUCAACACUGGUAAAAUAUGGAAUAACAAACUGGAAUCUUGGUGAUAAAAUGCAAGUUAACACUGGAAUAACUUCUCCGAGGAAGUUAAAAUGCAUAGAGGGAUUCAUGUGCCUCAGAAAACGGGCAAUAAGUCGUCAUGGUGUAGCCAUAUUUUAAUGUUUUAAAGUGAAUGAGCUUAAAGAGUCAUAUUUGCUUUAUUUAAAAAACUAAACCGCCAGACGGUAAAUACCUUCAUAGCUCCAUAUGAACACUCCAUCCACUAAGGCAGGGAUUGUUCAAAAAUGACGCAGACAAGUUUCUAAUUUAUAUGAUGUGCAUUUCUGUCAGACUGAUGGACUGUUUUCAACUGCAGUAUUCUCUGUGUAUGUGUUUUUGUCUCAUUUAUGGCAGCUUUAAGCAAAGAAACAGAUAACUGGAUUUCUUACAUGGUAUUAUUAGAAAGCCGCUUUAAAAUAAAACAUUCAUGUCGUAUUCUAAGCAUCUGAACACCACCAGUUUCCAAAAACUACAGUUAUGACUUUUUCCAUUUAAAACAAGUGAUAAAUUCACAAUAUGAACAAUUUUUUAUCAAUUCACUAUAUGUUAAAUCAUAGUUACAAUCAACUCUGAUAAUUUUCCAUCUGAAUGAAUUCCAGGUCUCAGCUUUGCAAGGUGCAAGGAUGCAGGUGCUUUGGUGAUUUUGUAUUUUAUUCUUUGUAACUUAACUCCUUUAGAAACAUUUGGAUAAUUCAUUCCUCCCUCACUUGUAUUGGGCAAACCUGUUUUUAAGAACGUAAAGCAGGGCCCUGUAGAUGAUCCAUCCUCUUUUUCACUUUAAUUAGUAUGAGAUGGACCGUUGCGCAUCCAGUAAGAAUCUCAAAUGCCCAAGCUGUGUCUCCCAUUCCUGUCACUUUUGAUCGUGCGUAUUCUCAAUGGAGGAAGGGAGCACAUUGGCUGUCAGGGCUUUUCAUCUCCAGAUGUCUGAUGCUGUCUUCAUCCUAAUAGUACCCUGACCCUGUAAUACUGUAUCUUUUGGGGUGGGUUGCUGGAAAAGUGUAGCCGUGAGUCUCUUGCACACACAGUCUUCCACACUGAGAGCUGACUGCUAUCUUAACAUGAAUAGGAGACCCGUUUUACUGUUGUAGAUUAAUACACCCCAUUGGUUUCAACUGAGAUGGCUUUUAUUUCCAUACACAGAAAACAUACAGAUUUUUGUCUUGAAACAAAUCAUCCUGCACAUUUUUAGUACUUGGAUUGAUGGCAGGAUUUAAAAGUGUAAUUGCCUACAUUUUCACUGUAAUGUUAAUAUUUUUUUCCUUGCCGAAGAUGCUUCAGGGGUGGACCAUAUAAGCCACAAACACAAAAAAUGAUGCUUUUUUUUUUUUUUUAAAUGCGCCGAUCUACAUUGUUUUUAUAUGUGUGAUGCAAUAUAGGAAAACCAUUUACACACGCACAUGUAUGUUAUAACACGCAAUGCAAAAUAUUUUUUCUAGCAAGGUAUGGCAAAAGCAUGCUUCCCAUCCUGAUAACUCUUCUGCUAUGAAUUUAGAGUAUACCUAUACUGUAUAAGUAUAUGUACAUAUUUUAUGUGCGUCAAUAUUGUGUGUACAUAAGGUGUACAUGUGUGUGUAUUUUUGUUUGGAAGAAAGCGAGCAUAGUGCACACAAGCCUAAUGCGUGUAUAAAUACAUGUGUGUGUCAUUUUAGUAUGUAAAUAGACAAAUCUCUGUGUUGGUUUAUAUACUGCACAUACUUGUGUUUGUAUGUGAGUAGAGGUACAGAGAAUUGCAAGCAGAAAAAAGUACAACACGCUUUAUGCUGGUUUUAGUCCUGAAGAAAUCAAAUUUUAGACUCUGAGCAGCACCUGCUAAUGUCCAUGGAGAACAACUGCAUUUAAAGCCACCAAAGUAACAGUGAGCAGUUUGUGUCCUGCUCGCCUGAGUACAUCCUGUCCCAGCAGUCUACUGAUUUUUAUACACAUAUAGCCAGAGUGAUAAUCGCCUGCAGUGAUUUAUGAGUGAUUUUUUUUUUUGUAAGAAAAACAUGCCCAGUGUUUAGCUGUUUGCUAAUUUCAAGUGUAUUUCUGUGUUUGUCUGAACCAAUGACCCAUCAUUAUUUGGAAGUCAUUCUCACAAAAUGUUUCGUCCAAAUUGUAGAGUGCCAGUGUUUCUUGUUUUGUUUUGUUUCGACAUUAUCAAAAAUUGCUUCUAUUUGCUGUUAACGUCUUCACUGGUUCAUUUAAAGUGCGGGUUGCUCUUCUAGGUCCAUUAUUGGACACCUUCACCAAUAUUAUUAUUUUCAUAUGAGUUUACAGUUUUAAAAAGACCUGCUGUAUGCUAAUUGUUUGAUGUGCAAAUGAGGCUGGCCUCUUUUUUUUUUUUAAUUUUAUUUUGUUGUGAUGAAGAUUCAAUGGCAUUCAAAGCAUAUGUGUGACAAGUGUGUGAUUCAAUGUGGAAUGAGUACAUGCAGCCUCCUUUUUGUACUGAGCUCAUUUUCAUUAAGUCUGGGCCACUUUUGUUCCAAUCCAUUUGUUCAAAUUAUUAUUAUUUUUGAUGACGGCACACGAGGGGCCUGAGAAAGAAAAAAAAAAAAAA